CCCUUCCUUCUAUCGCCAUUUACACACACACACACACACACWCACUUUUCUUAAAUCACGCAUUCGCUCUCGUUCUUCUCUCAUCCCAUCGCUUCUGAGGUUUUCAUCUUAAACCUCUUACAUUCAAUCGAUUUACGUCAUGGAUCCUACUCGAGCUUUUGUCAAGAACGUCAAGCGUGUUGUCGUCAAGGUGGGAACAGCUGUGGUUACUCGCGAUGAUGGGAGGUUAGCUGUCGGGCGACUUGGAGCUAUUUUUGAACAGCUCGAAAAGUUGAAUUCCCGAGGCUUUGAAAUAAUUUUGGUUACUUCAGGAGCUGUUGGAGCUGGCCGCCAAAGGCUUAAAUACAGGAAAAUGAUCAACAGCAGUUUUGCUGACCUCCAAAAACCACAAGUUGAACUUGAUGGAAAGGCUUGUGCAGCAGUCGGUCAAAAUGGUUUGAUGGCCUUGUACGACACUUUAUUCAGCCAGUUGGACGUGACCUCCUCUCAACUCCUUGUCACGGAUAAUGAUUUCAAGAAUGCUGAUUUCAGGGUGCAACUUUGUCAAACAGUGGAUUCAUUGUUAGACUUAAGGAGCAUUCCAAUUUUCAAUGAAAAUGAUGCAAUCAGUACAAGGAGAGCUCCUUAUGAGGAUUCCUCUGGCAUUUUCUGGGAUAAUGACAGUUUGGCAGCUCUUCUUGCCAUGGAAUUGAAGGCAGAUCUCCUUGUGUUGUUGAGCGAUGUGGAUGGCCUUUAUAGUGGUCCUCCCAGCGAUCCACGUUCAAAGCUAAUCCAUACAUAUGUUAAACAAAAACAUCAAAAGGCGAUCAGUUUUGGAGACAAGUCAAGGAUGGGAAGAGGUGGAAUGGAUGCAAAAGUGAAAGCUGCAUCCAAUGCAGCUUAUUCUGGUACACCUGUUGUCAUUGCAAGUGGAUAUGCUGCUAAUAACAUCAUAAAAGUUCUAAAUGGAGAACGCGUUGGUACCCUCUUUCAUAAGGAUGCACAUAUGUGGAUUCCAGUUACAGAAAUUGGUCCACAUGAGAUGGCAGGCUCAGCUCGUGAAGCCUCUCGACGCCUUCAGGCGCUAACAACCGAAGAAAGAAAGAAAAUCUUAUUGGAUGUAGCUGCUGCUUUGGAGGCAAACGAACAGUUUAUCAUGCUUGAAAACGAUGCUGAUGUUGAAACUGCACGUGAUGCAGGAUAUGAUGAAGCUUUGGUAGCUCGUUUAGCUUUAAAGGCUAGCAAGAUCCGCGCUCUUGCAGAAUCCGUGCGUAAACUAGCAGAAAUGGAAGAACCCAUUGGUCAUGUAUUGAAAAGAACAGAGCUUGCAGAAGGGCUAAUCUUAGAGAAGAAGACAUGUCCUUUAGGCGUUCUGCUUAUUGUUUUCGAGUCUCGGCCUGAUGCAUUAGUUCAGAUAGCUUCAUUGGCAAUCCGUAGUGGGAAUGGCCUGCUACUGAAAGGAGGGAAAGAAGCUAAAAGGUCAAAUGCGAUACUGCACAAGGUAAUCACUUCUGCUCUCCCAGAAAAUGUUGGAACAAAACUAAUUGGACUAUUGACAUCAAGAGAGGAAAUCCCAGACUUGUUGAAGCUCGAUGAUGUGAUAGAUCUUGUGAUCCCUAGAGGCAGCAAUAAACUUGUUUCCCAAAUAAAGAGCUCUACAAAAAUCCCAGUUCUUGGUCAUUCUGAUGGAAUUUGCCAUGUAUAUGUUGAUAAGGCUGCUAACUUGGAGAUGGCAAAAAAGAUUGUGUUGGAUGCAAAAACAGAUUAUCCAGCAGCCUGUAAUGCUAUGGAAACACUACUUGUGCACAAGGACCUGACUAGCGGAGGGCUGCAAGAGCUUGUUAAAGAACUUGAACAAGAAGGUGUUACACUGUUUGCUGGACCGAGAGUGAAUGGUGUGGUUAACUUCUCAAAGGCAAAUACAUUCCACCACGAGUAUAACUCCAAGGCUUGCACAAUUGAAAUAGUGAAGGAUGUUGAUGAGGCCAUAGAUCAUAUACACAGUUACGGAAGUUCCCAUACCGAGUGCAUUGUUACAGAUGAUCAUGAUGUUGCUGAACACUUUCUAAGCCGAGUUGACAGUGCUGCAGUAUUUCACAAUGCAAGCACAAGAUUUUGUGAUGGUGCACGGUUCGGGCUUGGAGCAGAGGUGGGAAUCAGUACAAGCAAAAUCCACGCACGAGGUCCAGUUGGAGUCGAGGGACUGUUAACUACUCGAUGGGUGUUGAGAGGUAAAGGGCAAGUGGUGGAAGGAGACAAGGGAGUUAUUUACACCCACAAAGAUCUUCUUAAGGCAGUGUAGGAUUUUGAUCUGAAUUGGCAAUAAGAAAUUUUCUCAUCUUAAUUAGUUACACAAGCUUUCUCCAUAUCUUCUUCAUGUAUUUCUAGGCAUUUGUUGAAUGGUUUGCCACUUCAUUAUUUAUAACUUCCCAUUGGAAUCUCUAGUUUCACAUACACACACAGAGGUGUAGUGUGUGUAGAGC